CUAACACUCACUGCCCCUAUAGAUAGUUGUGGGUUGGCUGCGCCUUUGUUGCACAAGUGUGCAAAAUCCCUGCGCGGCCUGUUGCAUUCGCCACAUCGCCUGGAAGCAGCAAUGCAGCAGUGCAGGCAGCGGAUCGGGGCCCCUGCAGCGCCUCGCCACUGGCUGGCCAGCCGGUUGCGGCCUGUGUGCGCUAGCUCGGGUGGACAAGAUGCGGACGAGCCCGUGCCCAGGGCCCCUUCCAAAAGGCGCAGGAGGAGGAAGGCGGAGCCCGAGCUGGCGCAAUUUACCAUAGACGACCUCAAUCCUGUGAACAUGGGCCGCAAGUCCCGGGAGGUGUUUGAUGAUGUGUGGACUCAGCUGCAGCGCAUCGGCAACCCAGCCCGCAGCAGCCAAAUCGCAGAUCAGCUCACGCUAUUUGUGAACGCUGCCGAGUUCGAAUCGCCUGAUGCGGCCAGCACCACAGUGCUCGUCACGGGCGCCACCGGCAGGGUGGGCCGUGUGCUGGUGCGCAAGCUGCUGCUGCGUGGCUACAAGGUUCGCGCGCUGGUGCGGCAACGCGACACUGGCGCUGCAGCCGCUGCUGGGGAGGGCGAUGGCGAUGCCGAGGCAAUCCCACAGUCGGCGGAGCUUGUGUACGGUGACAUUGGGGAGUACAAGUCCUGCCGCCAGGCAGUGGAGGGUGUGGACAAGGUCAUCUGCUGCAGCGGUGCUCGCAGCACGAUUACCGCAGAUCUGUCGCGUGUUGAGGAGCAGGGUGUGUCCAACCUGGCCUCCGCUUUCCUGGAUGCCCAGAAUGCACGCGCGCGACGCGAGGGCCACCUCGCUGAUGUGUCCAAGCGGGAGUUGGUGGACUUCAAGCGCGAGCAGUAUCACCAGGCCUGGGACAUUCGGACGUUGGGCAAGGCGGAGGUCGAAGAUGGCAGCUCAGUGGAGAAGCCUGCCAAGGGCCGGCGCCGCUCAGCAGCAGAGCGUUUCGCUCCACGCGACGUGGCCGAGUGCUAUGUCAAUGAGGAUGACAACCUGGUGUUCGAGGGUGCUGUCUACUCACGCAGCGGCCUCGCCGAGGUGGGCGCCCAGCUACAGCUUGCCGAUGCAGACACGCUGGCCGGCUGCGAGGGCCUGGUGCUGCGGGUGCGGGCUGACGAACACCCCUACACAUGUGUGGUGCGGACUGCCAGCACACUCUACACUUGCAAGUUCAACACACGGCCAGGGUACAACACUGUGCGUCUGCCGUUCAACACUUUCCGGCCUGCCAGUCAGGAGGAUCUGCCGCUGCAGCCAGGCGACGUGGAGUACAUAGGGUUCCGCUUUGAGCCACGCAUCAAGAUGCUGGAGGAGGUGACAGAGCCGGGGCAGUCUAUGUUUGACCAACCUACCCACCGCUUUAGGCUGGAGGUGGACUGGGUGAAGGCGCUGCCAGGCGGCAGUGAAACCAAUUUCGUGCUGGUGUCAUGCGCCGGCACGCCGCGGCCAGAUCUGGACGAUGCGCAGCGGGAAAAGGUGCUGUCCUUCAAGCGCAAGGGCGAGGCGGUGCUGCGCAACAGUGGGCUGGGCUACACCAUUGUGCGGCCGGGCCCAUUGGUGGAGGAGGCGGGCGGCUACAAGGCGCGGUGUUUGAUCAGGGCAACCGCAUCAGCCAGGCCAUCAGCUGCGCCGACGUGGCCGAUGUGUGUUUGAAGGCGCUGCACAACCCCGAGGCCCGCAAUAAGACCUUUGAGGUGUGUUUCGAGUACCAGCCGGAGGAGGGGCUGGAGUUUUACGAGCUCAUCUCACACUUGCCAGACAAGAGCAACAGCUACUUGACGCCCGCGCUGGCCCCGCUCACCAAGAACACUUGACCCCCGUAGGCACAGCCGGCUGCAGCAGCGCUGCAUUGGUUUGCCCUUCUUUCAAUCCCUUCAUUUAUUCCUAAGAAACGACCCUUU